CAUUGCGGACAGAGAGAGAGACGAUAGAAGUGAGCUCUUCGGAAUACGAGACGAUACCAUCACCAUGGCAGACUACCAAGCGAUACUGGAUGAGGAAUUCGAGGUGUUAGAGUCCAUCUUUCCUGACGAGCUAGAGAAGCUAGGGGAUAGGAAAGUACAAAUAUUAGUGGAACCGGAAGAAGCCUCGGGAUCACAAUUAUCUCUUCACCUCAUCGUUUCGUAUCCUUCAACUUAUCCGGAUGUGAUACCCGACUUAUCAUUCGAGAGUAUAGAUGAAGAAACGGGUGAACUGUCCGAAGAGGAGGAAGAAAAGUUGCUCGAAUCAUUACGCCAAGUGGCGGAGGAGAGCAUAGGCAUGGCUAUGACAUUUACCAUCGCGUCCGCUGCUCGGGAGGCUCUGGCGGAGGUACUGAAAGAUCGUCAAAGGAGGGAAAAGGAAGAGGAUGACAGGAGAGCCGCAGAGUAUGAGGAGAUGGAAGCACGUAAGACACGAGGUACACCCGUCACGACAGCAUCCUUCGAGGCAUGGCGGAGAAAGUUUCUUGAAGAGCUGAGGCAGAAGAGAGACAAAGAGGAAUCGGAUCGUUUAAAGGCUCUCCCACCGAAAGAGAGAGAAGACUUCAAGAGACGGAAGGAAAGGCCGAGUGGGAAGCAGCUCUUCCAAUCGUCUCAAGCUCUUGCGACUUCCGACGAAGCACUUUACGAGGAAGGUGCUCAGGAAGUGGACAUGUCAAAGUAUACACGUGAGGAGAGAGAAAAGGAAAGGCGGUUGGAAGAGGAAGAGGCAGAGCGAGCCAGAAGAGGUCUGGUCGACGGGGAUGACGAUAGUGAUUGAUGAAGCGGGGGAAAUGCAAAAGUGAGGCGAGGCUGUGACUAGGGCUCCAUGCAUGAUCCCGCACCUCAG